UAUUGCAGUCAAGAAUCUGACAUGACGUGUGUAACCGCAAAGCGAUGGAUUGUGAAGUUUAGUCUGUCCUAAGAUAAGAUUAUUUCCGCAUUAUUAAUUCAUUGUAUAAUUUUGAAUUGUUCGUCAAAUAACGUUUCAUUAAGUACACGAUUAAAAAAUGUCAGGUUUCGACGAGAAUCCAUUUGGAGAACCUACUAUUCACGAUCCUUUUUCGGAUCCUGCAAUAAAAAGAGCAGUUGCUUCAACACCUGCUAAUAAGGGCCUCGAAGACUAUAACCCUUUUUCUGAGCAAACAGUAACACAAGGAACUGCACAAGUCAGAGGUGCAUCAAAUCCUCCUAUUUAUGGAGGAAUAGGAGCAACACAGCAACCAGCAACGCUUCAACCUUCAAAUCAAGAAGCUCCACCACCUCCAUAUGCGCGUACUCCACAGCAAACAGUGAAUGCAGCACUUGGAAGCACAUUAUCACCUUCUACAGAUCAAAGAACUGAUGAAGAAUGGAAAACAAGGAGAGAAGAAGAGAUGAGGAAUACUUCAUAUUUUCCAAGGCGAAAUAAUUGGCCACCUUUACCUGAGAGAUACUGUUUUCAACCAUGCUUUUAUCAAGAUAUUGAUGUGGAAAUUCAUGCUGACUUUCAAAAGAUAGUGAGACAGUUGUAUUAUUUAUGGAUGUUUCAUGGCUUAGUAUUGUUUUUGAAUGUAAUUGGUGGAUUUGUCUUGAUGUUUCAUAGUAAAAUCUUUUCCAUAUUUGGUCUUGGUAUCCUGUAUCUUAUUUUGUUUACACCAUUUUCAUUUCUUUGCUGGUUCAGACCAGCAUAUAGAGCUUUUAAGAAUGAUAGCUCCUUCAACUUUAUGGUGUUUUUCUUUGUUUUCUUUUUUCAAUUAGUUGUUACAAGUAUACAAGCUAUUGGUAUACCUGGAUCAGGCACAUGUGGAAUAAUAACAGCUAUUUCUGCAUUUAACUCAACUGCAGCAGGAAUUUUUGUUGGAAUUCUGUUACUUUUCAUUGCUAUUGGUUUUAUCUUUGCAGCAGGUGGUGAUCUCCUUUUAUUGACUAAGAUUCAUCGAAUUUAUCGAACAUCAGAUGCAAGUGUAUCAAAGGCACAACAAGAAUUUGCUACAACUUUCUUGCGUAAUGAACAUGUCCAAAAUGCUGCGAGUAAUGUAGCAGCUACCGCUGUUCGGACACAGAUGGCUAAUGCUGCUCAGCCACGUUAUUAGGAAUAUCUUAAAUUAAAAAUAUCAUUUGGAUCGAAAUAUAUCCUGCCUUCAUAUCAGAAAAUUCAUAAAUCUCCUAUGUUUGUUUGCAUGAUAUUUUGUUAUUAUUUUAUUGAAUUCAUUAAUCUCCAUUGUAUUACAAAAGCAUAUUCUUAUAAAGAAGUGAUAUAAUAUGUGAAAUUAUGUUCAUUUCACAUUUAUUGUAUGUAUUUUAUUAAUAAGGUGAUCUAUACAAUUUAUGCAGAAAAAAUUAAUAAUUAUAAAAGACAAACAAUGAACAUUUCCUAAUCAAAA